AUGGCCGACGCGACGCUCCCUUCCGGCUGGACGCGCCACCACCACCGCGAGUCCGGCGUCGACUUCUACGUCCACGAGGCCAGCGGCGAGACCCAGUGGCAGCCGCCCACGGACGACGGCCUCGCGCCCGGCUGGCACGCCGUCGUCGACGAGGCGACGGGCGAGACCUACUACGCCCACGCCGAGACCCACGAGACGUCCUGGGCGAAGCCGCGGAGCGGCUGGGCCAAGGUGACGUCGGGCGACGACGUCUACUACGCGCACCGAGGGACCACCGAGACGACGUGGGAGCGGCCCGCGGGCUACGAGUCGCCGGCCGAGGACGGCGCCAUCGACGCGGCCGCCGACGCGCCGCCCGCCGACGCGGCCGCCGACGCGCCGCCCGCCGACGCGCCGCCCGCCGGCGCGCCGGCGCCGCCCCGGGGCGCGGACGUCGGCGACGGCUGGCACCGC